GUCAAUUACAACCAAUCAAGAUUAUAGCCUGAUUGUCACCAAAAAUUGGUGCACAAAAGGAUUCUUCUGUGAUUACCAGAGGCUGUAUUGUAGCAAAUCAGUAACAACGUCAAUUACCAUAUCAUACUUGGAUCAUUUCCUCAAUUUUCAGAGUUAGGAAUAUUGAUUAAAUAAUCAUAAAAAAUUAGUAAAUAAAUAAUUAAACCCUCCUGAUGAAGUAAUAAUUCAUUCUGUUAGAUAAGGAAAAAAACAGCACCUUCUAGAGAGAGAAAGUACCAUUGGAAAGAUGAGCAGCAAUGGUGAAAGGCCGUCGUCUUUAAAUUGGACAGAAGAGACAAUAAACGGUGGGUCUUUACCCCACGUUGACCUCAACAAUGGAUCCAACGGCUGGGCAUCACCGCCAGGAAACGUAUUCUCUGUUCGAUCGGAACAAUACUUGUUGAAGAAAAUUAAGUGCUCCGCCGCCGUUGACUACUUCUUGAAACCUACCGGCGUCGACUGGUUCAGGUCACCUUCCAAGCUUGAGCACGUCCUGUUACGUCCUGAUAACCGUGUGAUGCGUGCUCUUCGUUUUCACCACUCUAAUGGCAACUUUCUUAAAUCCUUCGUUUUUGCUGUUAAUCUUCAAGUUCCAGGAAGGGAGCACCACAGUGCAGUAUUCUAUUUCUCAACAGAUGAACCAAUACUACCAGGUUCAUUAUUAGACCGUUUUAUAAAUGGCGAUGAUGGGUUCAGGAAUAGCCGGUUGAAGCUAGUGAAUCGGAUUGUAAAGGGACCGUGGAUAGUAAAGAAAGCAGUGGGAAACUACAGCGCAUGUCUUCUAGGGAAGGCUUUGACUUGUAGGUAUCACAGGGGACCAAACUACUUGGAGAUUGAUGUCGAUAUCUCAAGCUCCAAGAUAGCUGGGGCAUUGGUUCAUUUGGCAUUAGGCUGUGUGACAUCAAUAACGAUAGAUAUGGGGUUUGUGGUUGAAGGUCAGAGUGUGGAAGAGUUGCCCGAAAAGUUGAUUGGGGCAGUAAGGAUUUGUCAACUGGAGAUGGACUCAGCUGAGUUUAUUGACUCUAAUACUCCAUCAAAUGGGUUUGGUGUCGGAAAGUCAUUGGGGUUGGCCAAGGUGAAUCAUGUUGACGGGGAAGGUAGUAGUAGUUGUGACCAAUCUCCGAGAGUUCACUUUUAAGACAUGCUUAUAUUGAAGAUAGUUAUUUAAGGAACCGAUAAAAGUCAAACUAUACAAAGUAUAGAUGCGAUUUAAAAGAAGAGGAAAGAAAAAGAAUAUAAUAGUAUGCAGAAGGUGAAGAAAAAGGAAGAUAAACAAUCUUGUUUUCAAUUUAUAGUUUGACUUUUAUUUUCCUAAUAAAUAUUUAUCUUCUUUAUAAGCAUGACCUUAGAGGUAAUUUGGUUGAAAUCCUAGGGAAAAUACUACUAGCAAUUGACUAAUAGUAUCAAUUUAUUGGAGAGUCUUUUGACGAGUAAAAAAUUACUCCCUCCAAUUCUUCAUAUUUGUUUCAUUUACUUUUUGUCACUA